GGUGGAGACGAUAGCCAAGUUCAAUACUCUGUUACCACAUUUGGGGCCAGUGCAACGUACAGCUGUACAACAGAAUGUUUUGAACUGGAUUCUGAUGAAGACACUUUGAUAUGUCUCUCCAAUGAGAGUUGGUCAGGAGAUACUCCUCAGUGUCACUUAAUAGAGUGUGGACAACCAGAAGAAAUUGAAGGAUGCCAGCUAUCACCAAUUACUUCAACUAACUGUGGA